UUCUCAUAAAAAAUCUACAUAUAUUAAUACUUCAAAUGAACAAAUAUCUUCCACACAAUAAUAAAUAAAAUAAAAAGACACUACUCCAUGGGUUUGUGUGGCAUGCGGCAUGCCUCAGACCUGUGGAAAGCACACUUCCACUGAAUCUCAAAUACCUCCAAACUUAUCCAAAUACAUGGAUUUGUAAGUAAAAUCACUCCUAAAUUUGUUGUCCUCUUUUCCCAAAUCCAUUUUUUCAGAUAGAUUUUCCACCAAACGAACCCCCAGAGAAGUUGCAAACCUAGAAGGAAACCAAAUUAGCUUUCUAUAAAGCGUACGUUUUUAUUUUCCCCUGGUACCUCCAUUCCCACAUUCCUCCCCUUCCCUUUCCAACCAUCCAAAUUCGAAACCCAACCCUCCGCCAUGGCUGCCACCGCCUCCGCCAACGUCUCCUCCUUCUCCAAACCCUCCACUCCCUCCACUUCCAAAUGCCCCUUGCCUCAGAAACCCAAUCUCUUCCUUCCCCCAACCUCCAAAACCCUCCAUAAACCCUUUUCCGCCGCCGCCGCUGCUCGGAGCCUCUCCCAUAUCUCCCUCGCUUCUCCCCGGACCGGAGAUUUCCCCAUCGGAGACGGCGCAGAUGACGGCGGUUGCUACUACGACGAACUCGACGACAAGCCCCGCGAGGAGUGCGGUGUGGUGGGCGUCUACGGCGACCCUGAAGCUUCCCGGCUAUGUUAUCUGGGCCUCCACGCCCUCCAGCAUCGCGGCCAGGAAGGCGCCGGCAUCGUAGCGGUAAAGGACAAGGUAUUUCAGUCUGUUACUGGUGUUGGGUUGGUCACCGAUGUGUUUAACGAGUCCAAAAUCAAUCAAUUGCCCGGCGAUUUGGCCAUCGGGCAUGUUAGGUAUUCCACCGCCGGAGCUUCCAUGUUGAAAAAUGUGCAGCCUUUUGUCGCCGGGUAUCGAUUCGGGUUUGUUGGGGUUGCGCACAAUGGUAAUCUAGUGAAUUACAGGAAAUUGCGAGCCGAACUGGAAGAUAGUGGUUCGAUUUUCAACACUAGCUCUGAUACCGAAGCGGUUCUGCAUUUGAUUGCUAUCUCCAAGGCGAGGCCCUUCAUAGCCAGAAUCGUCGACGCUUGCGAGAAGCUCGAAGGAGCUUAUUCGAUGGUUUUUGUUACGGAGGAUAAGUUGGUUGCUGUUAGGGAUCCUUAUGGGUUCAGGCCAUUGGUAAUGGGGAGGAAAAGCAAUGGCGCUGUGGUGUUUGCUUCUGAAACUUGCGCUCUCGAUUUGAUAGAUGCCACAUACGAGAGGGAAGUGAAUCCGGGAGAGGUUGUAGUUGUCGACCAUGAAGGGAUCACAUCGCUUUGCCUUUUGGGUCAUCGCGAGCCGAAGCAGUGCAUAUUCGAGCAUAUCUACUUUUCCCUGCCGCAGUCUGUAGUCUAUGGAAGGUCUGUCUACGAGUCCAGGCGCCAGUUUGGAGAGAUACUCGCCACAGAAUCGGGGGUCGAUUGUGACGUGGUGAUUGCAGUUCCGGAUUCUGGAGUCGUGGCUGCUCUGGGCUAUGCAGCGAAAGCAGGGGUGCCAUUUCAGCAGGGCUUGAUUCGGUCACAUUACGUUGGGAGGACAUUCAUCGAGCCGUCUCAGAAGAUCAGGGAUUUCGGGGUGAAGCUGAAGCUUUCCCCGGUGAAGCAGAUACUGGAAGGGAAGAGGGUUGUGGUGGUGGACGAUUCGAUCGUGAGAGGGACGACUUCAUCGAAGAUUGUUAGGAUGCUCAAGGAAGCUGGAGCUAAGGAAGUCCACAUGAGGAUCGCUAGCCCCCCCAUGAUUGCUUCGUGUUACUACGGUGUUGAUACUGCUAGCCCCGAGGAGUUGAUAUCGAACAGGAUGAGCGUGGAGGAGAUCAGGGAUUACAUUGGGUGUGAUUCGUUGGCGUUUUUGGAGUUCGAUAGCUUGAAGAAGAUGCUGGGGCAGGAUUCGCCUGACUUCUGCUACGCUUGUUUCUCAGGGAACUACCCUGUGCUGCCUAAGGAAGUGAUAGUGAAGCGAGUUGGGGAUUUUGUGGAUGAUGGUUUGAGUGGUAGCAUUGAUAGCAUUCAAGGUGGGUGGGUUCAAGGUCCGCCGGUUGACGACGACAGCGAGUUGGUGGCUCCAUUAGCGGGUUAAUGUUUUUCUCUCCGCGGGUCAUAGAAAGAACAGAGCAACCAGCCAUUAUUAGGAGUGGUGUUAUGAUUUUAGCUCUGGUAGAUGUCUUUCAGAAGUGAUGACCUUUUAGUUUGUGUUAUGUGGUUUCUUUAAGCUAGCUCCAGGUUGCAGUCUCAAAACCUACACAAUUUUGUUUUCCUUUUUUGGCUUAUUGCAGGGCUUUGAAUUCGAGUAAUGUUUUUAUGAUUUGAGUCUUUUUGAAUUUGAUAGCAGAUGAUAAUAUCAUAAUUCAUAAUGAUACAGAUGAUGCUGCAGAUGAUGAUGAUGAUUAAUGAUAGAUUUUAACAU